AUGGCCGCCGCCGCCGUCAGUCCCGUUGGUCUCAUGGGCUCAAUGCUGCAAAACGCACAGCCUCACCAGGAGGAGCACAGGCAGGACCUGCCCCGCCCCUACAAGUGCCCUCUCUGCGACAAGGCCUUCCACCGUCUCGAGCAUCAGACCAGGCACAUCCGCACUCACACGGGCGAGAAGCCGCACGCCUGCCAAUUCCCCGGCUGCACCAAGCGCUUCUCCCGCUCCGACGAGCUCACCCGCCACUCGAGGAUACACAACAACCCCAACUCCAGGCGGGGCAACAAGCAGCAUGCCGCCGCCGUCGCCGCUGCCCAGGCCGUUGCCAGCGCCGGCAUGCUCGACAGCUCUCAGAUCGCCCACAUGAUGCCGCCUCCCUCGAAACCCAUCUCCCGCUCCGCUCCUGGCUCCAACCUUGGCUCGCCCAACGUCUCGCCUCCCCACUCGUACGCCAGCUACUCGAACCUGCCGGGCUUGGCUGCCUACAACCGCACCAACCCCACCACGUCGAUGGGCAUACUCGCCACUGCCGCCUCUCAAGUCGAGCAGCAGCAACAGCAGCAGCAGCAGCCCCGCUUCCCCCCGACGCAUGGUCACCCCCUUAGCUCGCACCACUUUUUCAACAACCACAACGCCAGCCGUCUUCCGGGCGUCACCGGCCUCGCGGCCUACGCCUAUUCGUCGCAACCCAUGUCGCGGUCGCAUUCUCACGAGGACGAUGACCCCUACGCCCACCGCAUGACCAAAAAGUCAAGGCCCGGCUCCCCCCUGUCGACCGCCCCGCCGUCUCCCACCUUCUCGCAUGACUCCUACUCCCCCACGCCUGACCACACCCCGCUCGCCACCCCCGCGCACUCGCCUAGGCUACGCCCGCACGGCCUCCACGACGUCCAGCUCCCCCACAUCCGCCACCUGUCGCUGCAGCACGUGCCCGCCCUCGCACCCAUGGAGCCCUCUGCCAACGGCGAGACUCCCUACGUUCCCACCCAGACGACGGGCCUGCGGAUAGGCGACAUCAUCUCGAGACAGGACGGCGCGCAAAGAAAACUGCCCGUGCCUCCGGCACCGAAGGUGGCCGUCCAAGACCUGCUGAACUCUGGCAGUGGCUUCUCUUCGGGCACCACGUCAGCCUCUGGCUCCGUCGCUGGUAACGACCUCAGCGAGCGCUAUUAA